AGUCUGUCCGGCGACCACCACCCACCGUUGCGAGCCCUUCCCCCCCUCCUCGCUUCUCUUGCAUUGCCACAAGACACGUCUUGUAUGACGUCAUUCUACCGGGAUUGACAUGGGUGGUGGUGUCGGCCGCGGUGGUGGCGUCUCGAGCUCAGUCAAACCGCACAACUGCGAUUUUUAGAUCGUUUCAAUCGUUCAAUCAGUUCGGUUUAUAGUUGCGUUCACUUAACGCGUCUGUUAUUUUUGCGUGUUGUGAUACCGGGGCUCACAUGCCCAUCGGUGGCGACAUGGACAACGACGGCCAGGCCGUCGCUUUCACGCAACACUUUUCAUCGGGCCCUCCGUUAGCCCUCGUCCUAAAGGAUGAUGGCGAUUUUGAUACGAUGGCCAUUGAGAAACAAGAAGAGUGGAUCAAGAAACGCAAAGUGGAGCAGGUGACUACGAAGCAGAUUGAAACGCGAGUCAAGAGACAAGUGAUCGUGACCGAGGACGGCCAGGUGGUCGACGACAGCGGACCGCAGGUGACCACCCGCACAACCGAGGACACCGAGACCAAACGGGAAGAACACACAGAGAAAACGGGCGGCGACGAAGACGGGACAGUGGCUGCAUUGGCGCCUGAGGGCUGGGUGGCCAUUCCGGGUGCCGUCAUCGUCCGGGAGAAGCACGAGAAGAAAUCCAACACGCGGGACGAGAUCGACGAACGGCUGGAAACGGAACAAGUCCACCAUCUGGGUCAUCUCACUCACCAGGAAUUGGAAGAGGCUUUGGAGAAACACCACGAAACUGGGGAGGCGUUGACUUGGCGUCGGCGUUCAGCGUCCGGCAGCAGCGCCAGUGAAAGCGGAGAGCGACAGCUGGCCGCUCCUUAUACGACGGGCAAACGCGUCGUCCAUCAGUCACGCAAACACAAGCGGAUCAUCGACCAAGAGAACACUGAGGAGCGCAGCGAAGAAAAAGACGGGCGAAUCACGACCGAGACGAAGCGUCACGAACAUCACGAAGAGAUCGACGACGACGAAGAGCCGGACGACGAACGUCCAGCGUCCGACACCUCGUCCAUCCACGAGCUGGUCAAAGAGACGCGAAAUAAUUACACGACGAUCCAAGACGAGGAUCAGGUGGAAUACCUCGUCGUGCCAAAGGGCGGCCAUAUCUCUGGCGGGGUGAAACUAGGACACGGGCCGCUCCAAACGACGCAGAGAACGGUGCAGUACGGCCAUCCGGACGUCGUAGACGGCCAACAGGCCAGCAAGUUGAACGGCUACGUUGCCGAGCAGCAGCAACACUUGGCUCCUCCUCCUGCUGUUGUCGUCCAGCCCAGCAAGUUGGUGGCUCAAGCUCCGCUCGCCACUCCGCAAGAGACGGCCGAGCAGACGGCCGAGCGGACGGACGCGCUGACCAAGAAGCCGCUCGAUUUGGAAGCCGAAGAGGAGACGAGGAAGUUGGAAACGUCGCGUUGGCUGGACAGCCACUUCGGCAGCGAAUCGUCCACUCCGAGUUCGACGGACGGCGGAGGCGGGUCCGCCAAAGGCAGUAAAAUAGGACUAGCCGCAUCGAAGACGGGCAAAACCUCCAAGGAGAAGAACAAGAUGCCCAGCCAAGUCUCCAGCGGAGGGAUCAACGUGACGAUGAAGUCCGAUCCUUCGGGAUCGGAUCGCUACGAUCCGUCGCAGCCGUUGGCCAACGAACCGCUGACCAAUGCGCGUGUUUAUUCCGGCGGCGGAUUGAUCAACAAUCACAGCAGUUUCAACCGGACGUCGACGCAACAACAAUCGCAACGCAUCCAGGCAGCCGGACAGCAAUCCACCAGCUACAACAAAUUAUCCCCGCCCAGCUAUCAGAGCCCCGUCAAUAACGGCAAACCGGAAUUGUUCCGCAAUUUAUCGGCCGGAGAUCAAGAGCCGGUCAAACGGGCCGCUUCGUUCAACCAUUCGGCCGGAAGAGCCACUGGGACGUACUCGUGGAUGAACAAGGAAGAAUUGAAAGGCCAUCAGAGCAAUCCGCUGGCCGCGCGUCAAUCGUUCCUGCAAUCCAUGAACAAAUCGAUGCCGGAAAAAUAUCAAACGCCCACCGCUCCGGUCCAGCAGCCGACCUACGCUGCCCCGAACAGCCAAGUGAGGAGAUGGCCACCUCCGGUGAAACCGAUCGAUGAUGAAGACGCCGAAGAUCUGCGCACGUCCACUCCCGUCUACCAGGCCCCGCACCAACAUCAGACUCCGAACCGAUCCGGCGGGACGAUCAUCCGCUUGGGUCCCACUGUGGACUAUUCGUCCAGCAACGGCCGCAAAACGUCCGGCCCUAACUCGGGCAUCACCCGCACGCAGAGUUUGUUGCACACGCCUGGAACAAAACAGCAGGAUGUCACUCCUGCAGAGCGGAUGUAUUCUUCUCCAGUGAGCGGCAACAACAUGGCCAAUCAGCAACACAACACGACCAGCCGGAUGAAUUUGCUCAACUCUUCGCUUCAAUCUGUGCCGGAACGCGAGCAGAGGUCGAACAAUUACUCGUCGCAAUCGCAGGGCUAUUACGUCGACACGGAGAAGUCGUUCCAGAGCCUCAACCGAUCGAACACGAGCGUCAAUCCGAAAGUGAUCCAGUCUUACGCAAUUAAAACGCCUCCGCCGAGGCCGGCGCCGCCAUCUUCCAAUCAUUACGGCAGUCCGACGUCGAUGUUUCUCGGACCGAACAGCAACAACAAACUGCGCGUUUCGGAAUCGUUCCGCAGCCCCAAAUCGCCGCCGAUGUUCGCGGUGGAAGAGCCGGCCAGCCCGCCAGUACGUCCCGUACGGCGCAAACAAUCGAAACGCAUCAAUUCGACCACGGUCAAAACGGAUUCGGGCACUCAGUGCAAUCCGCAAACGAUCCGCAACGACACUUUCCAGCAGCAGCAACAACAGCAGCAGCAACAACAAAGCCAAACGCUGGACAGGGCCGGCGUGAAACCGAUGAAGAAGUACUACAUGGGCGAAGAUCCUUUCACGGCCACCAAGGCCGCCGUCGUCAACGGCAAAGCGGAAACGGACAAACUGUCGCCCGUCCAACCGAACAAACCGGCCCGCAGCGAUGUGGUCCGUUCGCAGACGCUACCGCGACGGCCCAGCAAACAGCCGUUGCUGUCCGACACGUCGCUGGACAACAGCGUCAACAUCAGCAACAACAACAACAACAACGUCACGAAUCAUUUGAGCAGUUCGCGAUUCUUCUCCGACCAGGACCGCAGCAUGAACGAGACGAUGGGCGUCAGUGUGAACAAAUCAACGAGCCGCAUCGUGCCAAUCACGCCGUCCAAGAGCGUCCAGAACAACAACAACAACAACAAGAACACGAACACGAACACGAUGAUGAGCAACAACAAGAACAACAGUCUGAGCGUGACGAACUUAUCGUCGGCCGUCAACCGUAGCCAGAGCUUCCAAAUCGGGCACAAUCAGAGCACGUCGACCACUAGCGCCACCGCAAAUCUGGCCGGCGGGUUGCAACAGCGCCGAUCGAGCCUGUUGAGUUCGACGCCGUUGCGCUCCGUCUCGAUCCGCGGCUCCAAUUUGAACAGCCCGCUCUACAAAUCGACGUCGUUCUUGAACCGGACGAGCGGCUCGGAGUUGAACCAUCAGCCGUUCGCGUCGCUCAAGAGCCCGGGCAUCGUGACGAGCAUCAGCAAGAGCCAACUGGACCUGAACAAGUCGACCACGGAGCUGAAUAGCUUGCAGCCACCGCAGCCCUACUCCAGUUCGGCGCUGUACACGUUGCCGAGGCGUCGCGGCAACGCCACCGCCAGCCCCAAAGUUGCCGAACCCGACGCCGAGUGGGUCAGGCAGCCGGCCGAGGGCCAGCCGUCGGCUCAGUCGGUCCAGGCCUCCACCAAAGUGCAGUCGGGCAUCAGCGAGCGUCUGGCUCAACUGUCGUCGCCACUGUCGUCGCCACCGACGUCGCCGACGCUGGACGAUUCGACGCGAGGCGAGAGCUACUCUUCGCUGCACCGGCGCAAGAUGCAGGCGGCCGCCGCGGCCUCUUCUUCUCCCAGUCCGUCCACUCCGCCACCUCCGCCGCCUCCGCCACAGCCGACCGAACCGCCAGCUCAGCCGCUGAGCUUCCAGUCUUCGACCAAAUCGACGCACCGCAGCUUCCGCGGCGUCACCAACGACACCAUCAAGGAGGAGAACGAGAGCGCAAGCAAAGCGCACGAAAGCCAACAACAGCCGGAAUUGGAACCGGAAGCCAGGAGUUUGAAGGACAGGAUCGCCUUCCUCGAGAACGCCGGAAUUCACUACGCCAAUCCGGCUCAGACGCUGCCGCGCGUCGUCGGAGGCAAAACCAAAGCUCCGCCUCCGCCGCCUCCGCCCAAGACGUACAAUUCCGGCGCGAACAAAGCGGAGCGACCACGAACCACGAAGGAAGACUCGCCCGAAGUUGAAUCCAUCGAGAAGAGGCAGAAAUUCUUGGAGGGGCUGCUGAACUCGGCGCCGGAGCUCUUCAUGCACAUCCACGGAGAUGAGAACCUGAAGGACAUCCGCAUCAAUCGAGAGGACGUGAUCGACGGCAAGUCGGCGGAUGCGCGGCUUCCGCGCACCCCGUCGCCUCCGACCCAAUCGGCCGGCUUCAACAACCGCGUCUACACCAGCACUCCGGUGGCCGGAGGAGGCAAGGUGAAUCAUCCCGUCCCGCUGACUCCGCCUCCGUUGCUCAUCCGCAACAAUUCCGGCGGAAGUCCGUUCGGCUCGCAACGGGACCUGCUGACGCCGCUGCGCCGCGGCUCGCUGACGCUCAGCAACGCCGGCUCGAUCGGCAGCAAUGGCGGCGUCAUUAUUCCGGCUGUCAAGAUCCCGGCGCCGGUGAAUUAUUCCGAAACGGUGCGGAUUAAAUCCAACCAGGAUCCGGACAGCCAGAGCGACUCUGUCCAGAGUUACUCGAAGCGCGUCCAGCCGUUUGUGGACGGAUUCAGCAGCGAGACGAAACAGAGCAGCCAGCAGACGACGAUGAGCCGCUCGCAGUACACGACGGCCGACCGGCCGUCCGAUCACGCCGAUAUGCCGCGCUUAUCGCCUUCCGUCUACCACUCGAUCCGGCCACAGCAAUCGGGCGGCGUCAUCAUCACCGUCCGGGGUAACGACGGGCAGUAAUUAAAGUUCUGAUUUUUUUUUCUUUUUUUUUACAAAGCAAUUAAUUAAAAAAUAACAAUGAGAAAGCGUGCCAUUUUCUCCCCAAACGAAUUGAUUUGAAAAUCAUUCUUCUUCUUCUUCUUCUAAUUUUCGAUCGUUUUUGAUUUCUCUAAUGAAUCGCUAAUGAGAAUGACUAGACAUUAAAUCCAAACAGCAAUCAUUUUAAACGUCAUUUUUUAAAACGAGGGGGAGGGAUGGAUGAAAGUAAAGAAUUUUCAGCUUCUUUUUUUUUUUUUUUCUUUUAUUUGGUGCUAAUUUUUUUUUUUUUAAUUCCAGUAUCAACUUUUUAAUAUAAAUAAAAUAGUAUAUAUAAACAUUUUGAUGGUACAUAGCCGCAAACAGCUCUCUUUGACCAGCCAAACGCAUUUGAAGGACAAUCGAACGACCUACACACACAGAUCGAAUUGAAACGCCCAAUUAAUUAAUAAUGAAAUAAGGCAUUUGAAUAUAAAGCUAAAAUAUUAUAAAUAUUGUAUCUAAGGUUUGACUUUUUUUUUGUGAUUUUUCCUUUUUUGUUCUGCUUUAUGGUAAUUCGUUGCGAACAGGUGCUAACAUAGGAAAUGAUUAACAAAAGCACAACAAAAACGGUCGUAUAACGAAGCUUAUUUGGAACUAUCAAUAAUGCACAUUUUUCUUUUUUAUUAUUCUUCCUUCUUCUUCUUCUUCUUUGUUCUUCUUAUUCAACAUUAUUUUUUUGUUUACAUGCCAAUUCUAAAAAUAAGCGCAUUCAAUCAGCGAAUGAUGGUUUGUUUUUAAAUGAAUUCUUUUCCUUCUUAACCGGGUUAUGGCGCGUGCGCUUUUCAUUUAUUUUAUUAUUUUUUUUUUUGGUUCUUAAUUAAACAUUAAAAAACUGGAUAAGUUUAAUGCUCGCCUCGAUCGAUAAACUUGUUUUGUGAUGUUGGAUUUAUUUCUGUUUUUUCUAUUUUUUUUUUUUUUUUUCUUCUCCUUUCUCUCCCCCCACCAUACCAGUUCUUUUAUUUUGCUCCGUUCUUGUUUUUUUCUAAAAUCUUUUUUUCGGCAAUUUAUUGACCCGACUCGAAUUCUGAUUUAAACAUAAAAAAAAAUACAUUGAACUCCAGCUGUU